CAGUUACGUCAGUUUAGUAAUCGAUACUACAUUCACUAGUCUUAAUAUAAUGCUAUUGUGAAUUUACAUUUUGUUGCAUCACUUCUUUAGCUGCAAAAAUGGCGUCUUGGAAAAUCUGGUUGCCUGUGGUUAAAGCUGAUGAAGAAGAGGACUUGGUGGAUCCACAAGCAACUCUUCGGGAAAAAUGCCAAGCCAAGGGUCAUAUUGAGUCUUUGUACAACAAGUACCAGGAGUGCAACGAUCGCGUCAAUGGACGAUCUAAGACAUCCGAGACCUGUAUGGAAGAAUUAUUUGACUAUGUCGCCGAAUUGGAUCAUUGCGUUGCUCACAGUCUUUUCAACAAAUUGAAAUAAAAGAAAGUCUAGAUUUUCUUGUUAAAUUAAAUGGUUGAAAAAGAACAUUGAAA